AUGCCCGCUACUCCUUUGCCUGUCAAUCUUGCCGGUCCACCAUUAAGUGACCGUGAGGCCAUUGCCGAUGCCUGCUACCGCACCACAGCCUCUAUUGACCACGCCGACGAAGAGCUCUUCUGGUCCGCCGUGACUGAUGACAUAUAUGCCGAAGUUGCUGGCAUGACUGUCACCAAUGCACAAGAUCUAAAGACCAAAGUUUGGGACAAUGUCAUCAAGGUCGACACCAUCCACUACCUCACCAACAUGCGCAUCAGCGUUGACACGCCAACAACGGCCCGAGUGACCUUUACAUCUCUCGCUCAGCACUGCCGACAUGGCAAAGGGUUUGAGCCAGGCCCCAACAAGUUCACCACUGGCGCCAUCUACAACUGCGACGCUGUGAAAGUGGGUGACCUUUGGAGGUUCAAGUCGUGGAAGGCGAACCAUGUCUGGGGUGAUGGUGACCCAUCUGUCAUGGUGGCUUAG